AUGCACGCAAAUACAUCGCAGACGUCUUCGCCUGGAGGCGCGGCAGAGUCGAACAACACAUCUCACUACCUGACCGGGAGAUCUCGCCCUCGAUCCAGACCACGCUCCCAUCACUUACGCGCACUAGGUCAGGACUCGGACGAGGAUACCACCACCACAACCACCAUCCAGAUGGACGAGUACGAGCUGGACCAUCGACAUCCCAGCGGAUCGAGUAAGCGUCAUGACGACGAUGCGGAUGACGACGAGACCGAGGAAGGCGAAGAUGCCUUGAUGCUGGGGCCGGCUUCUGCGUCUGUAGGCAAUGGCGACGAAGAGGCGUACGAAUUGCGUCGGAGCAAGACGAAGCAUCGCGCGGGUCGUAGACAUGUUUCUACAGGCUCGAUCUCGGAAAAGUACGAUCCUGAUGAUCCAAUGCAUCUGGUCAGCAAGGCGGUGCCAGAGCACGACGACCCCUCGCUUCCGGCUUUGACAUGGAGGGCAAUGCUGAUCGGCUCGUUCUUCUGCGUCAUCGGAGCAGCAAUUGCUCAGCUCUUCUUCUACAAGUCCAACUCACCCUCGUUCAGCAGCUACUUUGUCAUCUUGAUAUCGCUACCCAUCGGUCGAUGGCUGGCCAACCGCCUACCAGAGCGCACGAUCCAAAUCGGCAAAUGGUCGGUCCAACUCAAUCCAGGGCCCUUCAGCAUCAAGGAGCACAUGCUCGUCGCCAUCAUCGCUUCGUCCGGUGCAACGUCUGCAUACGCGAGCGAUAUUAUCAACAUUCAAGAGCUGUUCUAUCAUCAGCAUAUGAAUUGGCUCUCAUCGCUGACACUGCUCAUCACAACGCAGGUACUGGGUUUCGGCUUUGCGGGUAUGGUGACGAACUUGCUCGUCAAGCCUACAUCCAUGAUCUGGCCCAGUACGCUCGUCACUACAUCCUUGUUCCAUACUUUGCACGACAAGCAGGCACCCAACACCCGCGCUAGACUGCGCCUAUUUGCGUUGGCAUUUGUGGGCAUCUACGUCUACCAAUUCCUGCCAGCUUUGCUUGCGCCCACACUGUCGAGUGUCGCCAUGCUGUGCCUGGUCGACAACAAGAUUCCUGCCUUCCGCUCUCUCAGCUCGGGCUAUCACGGACUUGGCUUUCUCAACCUCACGUUUGACUGGAACGCCGCUGGGAUGAGCGGGCCUUUCUACCAGCCGUGGUGGGCAGCCCUCAACUUUUACGCCGGCUUCGCGGGGAUGAUGUAUAUCGUCAUGCCCAUCCUGUACUGGGGGUUCAACUUUUGGGAUGCCCAGUCUUUCCCGGAAAUCCUCAGCGCAGGACUGUACAACAAGGAGCACAAGAAAUUUGCCGUCGACACGCUGCUCAACAAGGACAACACGCUGAAUGCGCAGGCGUGGGAGACGCAGAAGCCGAUGCUCCUUACUCCGUACUUUGCGCUCUCGUACGGGCUAGGUUUCGCGACGUUGACGAGCACGGUGAUGCACGUACUGCUGUGGCACUGGAAGGACAUCAAGAAAGCGGCGAGUAAUGCUGUGCAUGACGACGUGCACAACCGCUUGAUGAGGGCAUACGAGCCUGUGCCGCGCAAGUGGUAUGCGACCACAUUUGCGAUGACGACGGUGGCGGCUAUGAUGUUGGUUUUGUUGACGCCUGCGCUGCAACUGCCCGUGUGGGCGCUCUUGUUGGCGAUUGCUAUGGGCCUGCUGUUCAUCGCGCCGCUGGGCAUCCUGAGAGCGGUCUCGGACACGGGUGUGGGACUCAACAUCAUCUCGGAGUUCGUGAUCGGGUAUAUCAUGCCGGGCAAUCCGAUCGGAAAUAUCCUGUUCAAGACGAUGGCAUACAUGUCGCUCAACCAGGCGCUGGAUCUGGUCAAUGAUCUCAAGCUUGGACACUACAUCAAAAUCCCACCCAAGCACAUGUUUGUCGCGCAAUUGUGGGGCACCAUGAUUGGGUGUGUAGUCAACCUGAUCGUGGUCAACAUCGUGCUGGAUCCCGCAUCCGGAUACCGCGCGUUCUUGGAUGGAACGGUGGAAGACCCCUCAGGCCAAUGGGACGGCAGGAAGGUGCACAUCUUCUUCUCGGCUUCCGUCAUUUGGGGGCUCGUGGGGCCGGCAGAGUUCUUCUCGGGCAACUACCGAAAGCUUUACUCUGGCUUCCUGUUUGGUGCACUGCUGCCGUUGAUCCCCUACUUGCUGCACAGAAAGUACAAAUCCAAAUGGUUGCCCAAAGUGGCGUUCCCCAUCAUCCUUCAUUCGGCCGCCCUGCCACCAGCCGUUCCCACCAACGUCAUCAUGACUGGCUUCUUCUUCUCGUGGCUUUCGCAAAAGCAUCUGCGCGAGAAGCACCCGGUAUGGUUCGAAAAGUUCAACUAUGUGCUUUCGGCCGCCCUCGAUGCAGGGGCAAGUGUCAAUGCGUUGACCAUCUUUGUGCUCACGCUCAGCUUGCUCAAGUAUGCGCCCGUGCCGCAUUGGGCCGCCAAUCCGUUGCAGGAUGCCGAACACUGUAAACCCUCUUAG